GAAACCUGGCCUAAUUGAAUGCCGACACGACACGCACCUGCACACGCCCACCACCCCAGUGUCACCCAAGACGGCCAGUUGAACACAUCAUCGCGAGACACACCGCAUUGUAAAUCUGUCCGGACAGAUAUCACUCCGAGCGCAGCUCAGCGACCCUCAGCGAAGCCCGCCUCCUACCCACCGGGACACAUCGCCGCGACCAUGAUCACAGACAACGAGCUGUACCAGAUCGCCAUCAUACUCGGCUCCGCCGCCAUGGUCCUGAUAGUGGUGUAUCACUUCCUUGAAGUCAACACCCUCGAAAGCGAACCCGCCGAUGCGAAGAAGGCCUCAGUUUCUAGGACAGGAGCCCAACCCGCCAAGGUCGCACCGAGAUGACGAUGCUCCAUAGGCGGAAAGUUGGGGAGCUCCAGGCCACGAGAGCCUUUGCCACCUAUUCGUCAGCCAACCGGCAGAGCUGGUGGGAGGAUAGGCAUGCAGCGGCAGGCGGAAACCAGGCGGCGGCGACGGUGCAUGUACGAUGUUUGGAGGACGAAGGAGAGCUAUGAUACCAUCACGAUACACAAAAACAAGCCGCAAUCUAUGGGCACAUCGCUGCAUACCACACCGGCCCAAAAGUGCCUCUGCCCUUCAAGAUCCAAAGCGGAAUGAAGGGGAGCAGGGGGCUCAGGGACAAGGGGUCUAGUAGAUGGAGAGCAGCAUAGAUUAUCAAAAGUGUUAUAAACCUACCUACUACGGUAGCCUAAGAAGAAAGAUCGCUCCGACACGGAGCGCUAACCUCCUUGUUGUGAUCUUCCCGCCUUACGUUCUUUGUUUCCUUUUUUCUGUUUUAAUCAGUACCUACCUAUUUCCUGGCUUUCGAGUCUUGGGGGAUGUCCC